AUGCCAUUCGCAUUGCUGCCGUCGCUGUUGCAGGCCUACAAACGCCAUGUUGCUGGCAACAUGUUGGGUACGCAAUUUGUAGCAACAGUGUUGCUGUGCUGCAGCAUAUGGCACAGCAAUGCUAUACCACUAACCACAGCGCGCACGCACGAAGCGUCAAUCGCAACAGCAACAACAACAACAACAACAGCAAUAUUAACGAAACAUGGCACGCACAUCGUCCUUCCCAGCGAUGAGACCGCCGCAUCAACAAUUGCCGCCACAGCCGCCUUGGCAACGAUACAUAACGGCGAGGUAAUUGGUGCCACAUCGUUGGCAGCAGCAGCCGGUGCAGCUGCCGCUAUGGUAAAUGCAGAGGCUGAUGCGCACAUCGUUCCGACUGCUAGCAGCAAUGGCGUUAACUCAAGUGCUGACCGCCCAAUUGUUGCUGCAGCUGCUGUUGAAAGUGGCAAUAAUGGCGAUUUUGAUGGUGGUGAUUUUGGUGCUUUCGGUGGCAGUAAUGAUGGCAUUGUUGGCGGUAGCAACGGUAAUUUGAGCAAUCGUCAACCUAAUCACGGUGGCAAGGGCAGUGCGGCCACUGCUGGUGCCACUAAAAUACCAACGCACAUUCCGAUCCAACAUGGCGAUGAAUUGCUCAGCAGCAGUGCCAAUUUGCUGCUGGAGCCCACUGGCAAUAUUGUCAAUUUGACGCGGCAACAUGAGGGUGAUAUAUUUCGUACGACUGGAGUACACACCUGCAAUACGGACGCUUGUGUGGGAUUGUCAAGUGGAACGGCAGGAGUUGAUAUCCUAACCGGCAUUGCUGAUAAAGGCGGCAAUGCUGCUGCUGCACAUUCUACGUUCUCGGAUAUCGAUCUGUUGGGUAGACGUCCCAAGUUUCCCAAAUCCGGUGAUCGCUCUGCAGCACGGGAUGCAAGUGAGAGUUGUCAGUGUCGCUGCUUACCCUAUUUGAGCACCUACCGCGAGGAUUUGGGAAUUUGUGUCGAUGACAUACACGAAUGCUCUCUUUCGCCAUUUGUGAGUGGUUCAUCAUCCGAGAAAAUCCCGUUUGUAUUUCUGCCACUGCGCGGCCAAAUCAUUUACCCCAGCAGAGAAAUCAGUUUUCCAGAAAUUCGCACCCCCGUAUGUGCUGUCACUGGCGCCCAAUAUCUUACCAUUAACGGCUGGUCGGAUUUAAGAAAUCCAAUCGAUACGGAUUAUCCAUUUCGGAUGUUUCGCGAUGAAGGACGUACUUUCUUGCAGUGGUUGGGCGAACCAGAUCUGCGCCACAAAAUGCAAGGCCGCCUCAUUGUCGUGCACCUGGUUUGUCGUGACAUGACGAUUGCCUUGAACGCGACCAUUAAAGGUACGUCUCACAUUUCAGCAAGUCAGCAGAAUUUAUAUAACAGAACUUCUUUACAUUCUUGCGCUCCGCUAGACCACAUCAUGCCGCCGAAAAAUGUCUUCUCGCCCUGUGUCGCAUUUCGUGUCAAUGGCACACCAGUGAAAUACACCAACAAUGUGUCAGAGGUACUUUUUCAGUCGGAGGCUACAUCAACGCUGGCCUCAACUUCGGACGGCAUGUCCACCAAGGAGUACAUAGUCAUCGGCGUCUGCAGCCUGUUGCUGGGCCUGAUUUAUGUAGCUUCGGUGUUUCUGUACUUGCACAUGAAGAAACGCAAAAGUCGCGAUCAAUCACCGCACAUGCGCAACUCACUCGACGACAUGGCUAAUGAAAUUAAUUACCCGAAGAACGAUCAGGUGACUUUCGGCGCACCAUUCAAUAGCAGCGGCAGCAUCUAUUCAGCCACCAGCAUGGGCACCUCGAAUGAGCCGCGUUCACGCACCAGCAUCGGCAGUCUGAAGGAGGAGAUGGGCAUUAUCAAGAACAAUCCGCUCUUGCAGCAUUUCCCACAAUUAGGCGAACACAAUUCGGGUUUCGCUAGCGAUAUUUCAAAUUCGAAUUCCGAGUGCGAAAUGGAUGGCAACUUCCAUGAGAAACUUACACAGAUGCAGACAUCGGCGCUGGUGCAUCCGCAGUUGGGGAUGGGCAAGGCGCACAGCUCGCCACACGAUUCGCCGAAGAGCGCGAACGGUCAGUCGACUGCUGAGCAAUCGAACGAGCAGUCGUCGUCGUCAUCGUCUACGCAGGAGACGGAAUGUUUGCCGGUGGAGAAUGUUUCGAUAGUGGAGGAUAUGAUGACCGAAGAGAAAUUAGAGCAUUUGAGGCAGAUGGUGAAUGGUAAUGUGCGCAAGAAACUAUACUUUAAUCCCGCCUACUUCGAGCCGCAUUUGUUGGCGCAACCACCCCCAGCCGCUCUCGAGUUUUUGCAUAAAAUACGCGAAGUCAUCGCCAUAGCGAAGUAUAAAAUGGCCACCAAACGCUAUCAGCCUUCACUUAUUAUGAUACCCGAGGAAGGCACGAUGCGCUCAGACACGCCCUCUAUUUACAGCUCGCACAGACAGCAAUCGCCUUCCGAAUGUCAAGGCUGUGCCAAUAACCGUUGCAGCGGGCACGUGAAAAAUUGUGGCGAUAAGCGCAACAGCAUUGAGAAAUGGCUGCAAACGGUUACCAGCAAUGAAGAGAGUGGCGGCACUAAUGAGUCACAAAAUACCGGCGGCACCAGCGAACAAUCGAGUAAGUUACAGCAACAUCAGCAUAGCGGAAACACUCGUCGGCCGUCACCGAAGAUGGCCUCACCCUCACACGGAGGUCGUGCACAUAGUCGCAGUGGCCAACGCAGUCCCCUACCUAAGGAGGUGGCGCCGCCAAAACAGCGUCCUCCACCACCCCCUACAUCCAGUGGCAAUUCCAAUGAUGGCAGAGCUAAAGGUGCGCGCAAUAGCGCCAUGGCUAUUGAGUCACCUUUGAACGCCAUUGAAGUUACGCCCAGUACUUCUUCGGUUUCAUAUCAGCUUUAUUGCACAAGCCUUGCUACCGGUCCGUCUGUCACUAUACCUGUUAAUCGCAACUACAGCAAGUCAUUCUCUGCGCUUUCGGCUGCUGCCAGUUUGUAUGGUUUCGCAGAGACAGGCAGCGAGAUUUACAAUAAUCCCAAGUUUAUGCUACAUGACUCGCCUUCGCCCUCCCCGCGCAGUCGCAACUCUUCCUCGCACCGUUCAAAGUCUUCUUCGGCGCGUAAGCGGAGCGAAAUUGUGGAUCUAUAUGAUCCCUCAGCACACAGUUCCGUUGAAUGUCGACAGUACGACUUGCUGCGAAAUGUAAAACAGUUGCCCGAAACUAUGUGCGAUGCGCUCAAUCGUGAGUAUAAUGCAGCUUUUAGUGCCACUACCGGCUUUCAUUUGGAUAUACCAACACCGGACUAUGAUAGCACAAUCGAGAAAAAAAUCAAAGACAUCUACAAUAACACGCAAAGCAGCGGACCUUCUGUGCCAACACCCGAUUACAGCACUUUAAGUCGUAAGUCGCUCAAGCAAUUUCAGCCCGACUCGCCCAUUUAUAGACGAAAGUCGCCACAAUACCUCAUUGUCGAUUACGAAACGGAUAGUCUCGAGCGAUUGGAGGCAACAAAGCGCAAAAGCUCACAAUCCUCUUCAUCACCAUCCUCGGAUGUAAGCUCCCAGCUCAGUCCCAGCCUGAGCACCGCACUGCCACUUGAAGAAGAGCUGGAAAUUAGCCACACAGUCUACGACAAGUCAAGUGGGUUUCGUCCAGAGGCUGAUAUAAAGAAGAAACCGCUCAACAAGUCGGACAGUAACAGCAGCAAGCAAAAAGAAAUAGCAGCGCGCAUCAAAUACGACACUCCGUUUCGUGGUAGCAUGACAAUCGAGGUGGAGCACGAGCCACAGUCUGAUAUCGAACGCUCUACAGACAGCGAUCAGUUCGAACCCGAUACAUUAGAUCGCAAGCCGAAGAAGCAAAGCUUCUGCGAUGUAAAUGCUUGGCCGGUACAGCCUUUAAAAAAAGUGCAAAAUGGCGAACAGCUAAAUAACCACGCAUCACCCCCGGGUUUAGGCGGGCACGAACAGCAUCAAGGCUCCCUCUCACAACUGAGCAUAACUCAGUCAUCGUUUAUGUUGUGCACGAAUAGUUCCAUACGCAGUCAGAGCAGUCAUGCCAGCGAACAUACGCCGACUUACGAGAGUCAUGUGGAAUUGCGUGGUGCCGAAAAAGUGAAGGAUAUGGAUGCAGAGCGCCGGCCCAGCAUCAGCAGUUUGCGCAAGAUUUACCAAUCGCCGUUGGUAAGACAAAAUAGUCAGUCGAGCUGCAAAUGUGGCGGACAGUAUGCCAGCGCACAGGAACUGGAACUAAAUAGUGAACAUGGACGUUUGCUAACGCUUGAGGCUAAACAAAAGCGGCGACAGCAGAUCGUUGAACAGCCAGUAGCACCACCGCCUGCCGUUGAGAUCUCAAAUGAUGUACCUAAUAAGACGACUAUAAAAAUUAGUACACCGAAAGGACGACGCAUGGCGGAGGCCGCAGUGGUUAGUCCGCAAGUGCACAAUGCGCGUCGUUCACCAUCGCCGCCGCCACCGCCACUUAAGAACCGCGCGGUUUCACCCAAUAGUUUCUACGAGCUGACAAAAAACGUAAAGGCUCCGCCUUCACCAACGCACACACCAAGCCAAACGCACUCGCCCACACCCAACAGCACACUGAACAGUACAAUUACCAACAAAACGAGCUCUUCAUGUAUAGGACAGAAGAAACGUAUCAGUCGUUCACCACCACCACAACCACCACCUCCACCUCCCAGUUCCGCCUCCACCACGUUAACAAGUCAGCGGAGUCACGCCUCCACGCAGCACUCGCAACACGGCCACCACUAUCAGAACCACAAUCAGCAUCACUACGUACAUCACUCCACCACCAGCACUAACGCCACGGAAGAGGAAACGGCGAGCAACCACAGCGAAUCCACCGAGAUCACGGGCGUAUCCGAUAAUCUGGCUAAUUCAGAAUUCGGCGGCUCAUGCAACAACACGCUCUCCAGCGUGGCACAUGAUGGCCAAAGAGACAAACUAGAUCCAGCCGAAUCGCAGGAUCACUUAAGCAGCCGACGUAGUAGUGUCAGCAACAGCAACACCAAUAAAAGUAGCAACAAAUUCACUAGUGUCAAGCAAAUAGACUCCCCACCACCCAAACUAAAGUCACAACGCAUCGAAAACGAUUACGGCGCAAUGUUCAAUACACAAAUCAAUGGCUUGCGUAGUGACUACAGCCUUACAAAAUACUUGAACCGUCGGAAGACGCAUGACUCCACCGAAGAGGAGCAAAACAACUGCAACGAUUUCGAUUCACAGCUGGAGGCGAACAAUAAUAUCAGUAAUGUCAAGAAUAACGAGGUAGAUAGCAGUAAAUCCGAUAAGCUUUCGAUCGGCUCGCGCUCGAACCGUAGCAGUAGUCGGCUCUCCGAUCGCACCAAGGAGUUGUAUCGGAAUGCUGGCGUCCCCGUGGGUAUAGCGUAUCCACAGCGCAGCACCGCAUCAAAUAACAAUAGCGCGAAUUCCACACCACCGCCGCCGCCAACGCCAACCAAUGCCGUUCAAACCGUCUAUCACUGCGAAAUCGAACCCGCGCAGUUGACACAUGGCAUGCAAAUAGCGAUGGGCUUGAAAGAUCGCGCAAAGAAGGCGAAAGAUCUCAAGAAUGCAUGGAAAAAAUUCGUCAGUAUGGCUGCGUCCAAAUUCAGUCCCACACAUAGUCCGGCGCCACCUUACGACAAGAAACCGCCUAGCUUUUUGGAGGUGCUCGAUCGCGACGAGGGCAUCUCCUCUCUCAUCGACGAACACCCACGCGUUUCGACACCCAAGAGUAGCUACUCGGCACCUGCCUCGCAAAACUACUACGAACAACGUUUCGGACCACGCCUACAAGAAAUGGAUAGUGGCUAUAUGAGCGCCGACUCAGCCGAAGUGUACAAGCGCAGCUUUUACGAUCGCUACAAUUUCAAAAAAAUGUCCGGUCGCGAUCGUAUCAUACGCAUAGACACAAUUGAAGACAAUUCAGAUGGUGGCAGCACGCUAACUGACCGCCAUAACGGUAUUGCGGCAUCAGCACGACGUGGCAGCAUCUUGGAUAGCAAUCGUUUUGAGGACUUCGAACAUAUGGGCGAACCACCCGAAAAUGAGCUAGCCGCAAUGAGACGCAAAGCGGUGCACGAGCCGCUGGAGGCGGACACCAGCGAUGCGGAGUCCGAUAAGACGCUGACGCAGUCGAGUGGUGGGCGUGGCACAACACGAAAUCUAGAUGCUUUGAAUGUAUACUCGUCGGAGGAGGAGGAGGAACAGCAAGAACGCGGACAGAGUCCAUCGUAUGGCUCUUCGGAGACAGAUGGCGAAACAAAUGCGGAAGAUAUGUGGGAGUCGGGUGCAGAGAGUAUUGAAACCCACUCGGUGCUGUACAAAAAUGUGAGGAAAAGUUGA